UGACCCGCCUGCACACCGGCAGAAGAAGACAGCAGAGCGCAAAGCGGUGAAAAGCGGAGCUCCAUCUCUUCUCGCUCAUUCGACCUGCGGCUCUGUUCCCCAACCAUCUGAGACCUGCUAGUGAAAAGCUACACUUAAGAUGUCGGACGAGGGCAAAUUGUUCAUCGGAGGACUGAGCUUCGAGACCAACGAGGACUCUCUGGCCGCGGCCUUCGGCAAAUACGGCACCAUCGAGAAAGUGGAUGUGAUCAGAGACAAAGAGACAGGAAGGUCUCGCGGGUUCGGCUUUGUGAAAUACGAUAAUGCAGAAGAUGCAAAAGAUGCACUGGACGCCAUGAACGGCAAGACUCUAGAUGGCCGUGCUAUCCGCGUUGAUGAAGCAGGGAAGGGUGGGCGCUCCAGAGGAGGCUUCGGUUCAGGCCCACGAGGUGGAAGAUUCAGCGGAUCCCGCGGCAGAGGUGGGCGUGGUUAUUCCCGAGACUUUGGAGGUGGGGGAUACAAUGGAGAUAGGGGAUAUGGUGACAGGAGUUAUGGCGACAGGAGCUUCGGAGGUGGAGAGAGGAGCUUUGGUGGUGGUGGAUACAGGAGUGGGGGAUAUUCCUCAGGUGGCUACAGAGAAAAUAGGGGUCAGGGUGGAUAUGGUGACCGCUCUGGAUCCUACCGCGAUGGAUACGACAGCUAUGCUACACACGAGUAAACAUCUCCCUGAUUCAAGAUCAUCACUUGGCUGGCUGUAUUUCAAAGAUGCGCUCCUCAAGAAAAUGUCCACGUGUUAUUGCUGACCUUAGUUUUGUAGUUCUGUUGUAGUAGCUCAAGCAUCUUAAAAAAAAAAAAAUGUAGCCAUGAGUUUUGGUCAUUCCUUAA